AUGGAGUCGACAUUAUAUCCCAAUAAUAACCUCGAACCGGACUCACCCUACCGCUCAGAAGAAUCACAGCCCGUCGAGCUUGAUGAGGAGGACCUCCUCCUGCAAAAGCUACGGGCGGAGAAGGAAGCCAAAAAGACAAAAGUGUGGUCGGAAUGGGAGCGAGCGCGGAGGAUACCCAGGUUCGAUGCGGCCACCGACAAGGACGGCUACAUCACGUAUGGCAAGCUGACAAAGAAGCUAUCGGAGCUCGAGGUGGUCAUUGAGCUGUUCUUUCGCAAGUUCAACCCCGUCCAAGAUAGGUUCGUAGAGGCCACGGCCAACCGGCCCGUCACCGGGAACCUGCCGGAGCUCUCCUUGGCUCUUGAUAAGCUCGAGCAGGCGAUUGGGGCCCGUGAGGUUGCCAGACAUGCGCUCAAAGGUAUGGCACUCGAUGCCAAGAAGAAGCGCAAGGGUUGGACGAAAAAGACGGUCGCUGAGAGCAAGAGGCAACGUGAGUUGCUGGUGUUUUACAAGGAAGUUGUUGCAAAGGUCAACGAGUUUCCGAUUAAAAUGAAGCGCAUUGAAAAAGACGUCGAUGCUGCGAUCCGGCUGCUCCGGGAAGAACCGAUCAGCUGA